AUGGUUGGGGAGGUCGCUUAUCGAUUGAACUUACUAGCAUGGUUGGGGCAUGUUCACAAUGUGUUCCAUGUGUCGAUGCUGAGGAAGUAUACUCUAAACACAUCGCACAUCAUUGAGUAUGAAGCUAUCUCUCUUCAAGAGAACGUGACAUGUGAGGAACAACCUAUUAGAAUCCUGGCGAGAGAGUUAAAGGUGAUAAGGGAUAGAGGGAUUCUCGUAGUCAAGGUCUUAUGGCAGAACCAAAGAGAAGACGAGGCUAUUGGAGAGUCAGAGUCGGAGUUGUAUGAGAAGUAUCCUCAUUUGUUAAAUUUUCAGCUUGAGGUUGUACUUUGA